GAAUGGCUGAUCGUUCAAGAAUUACAGCUUCAAGGCCUGCAUAUUUACCUGAUAAUUGGGACAAUGAUGUAGAAAUGAGUGGAUUAAUGUCUUAUUUAAAGGCGAGAUAUGUAAACCCUACUAAUUAUGACCGUGUUGUUUCUUUUUGGAAAUCUACAAUUCUUGACUAUUGUCGUCAUCAGAAAAGAUGUGUUUUUACUCAAGAAGAGCUCAAAAUAAAAUUUAAACGCGGGUCACAAUUACCAAGUCCGUUACCUACAGUUAUAUCAGAAUUAAAAAGUGAGGGACUUGUUGUGGAGAGGACAGAUUUUGAGAAGGACAAUCAAAGUUGGUUGCAAUGGGGAGCAAAUUUAAUUAGUCCAAGUUCUUGGUUACAAGGAUUAGUUGGAUCGACUUCAAACAAUCCAAAUACUUCACAAUUAAUUCACAUUACUGCCUUGAAGGAAUUAGCAAAAGAAUUGUUACGUUAUUAUCGAAACAAUUAUGAAAUGGUUGAUUGUCCUGAUAUUGUUGGAUAUAACGAAUUGCAAGAAAAUGCUUCACAUAUAAUUGACAGAGAUUGUUUUGAACUUGUAAUUAUUGAAUUGGUUAAUAUGGGAGAAGUUAGUGUUGGAAGUUCUAAAGAUGGAGAUAAAGUUUUGAAAUUUAAGGAUCAAAGGACAAAAGGCCCAGCUCGAUUUUCUGAAAAUGAUGCUGCAAUGCACGAUUUAAAACAAACAAUGGCUCGACUUGAUACUGCCAUAAUGAAAUCUGAAAAACGUGAACAAAUGUUAAAAUUAGAAGCAAAAGCAGCAAUGAACAGGGGAGACAAAAAGGGAGCAUUAAAUAUUAUGAAAAAAGUGGCUUUAAUACGAAAAGAAGUUCAAGAUAAGGAAAUACAAUAUCAACGUCUUCACAGCGUUUUUCAACAAUUGACUGACUCAAAACAUAAAAAAGAUAUGAUUGAUGUUUUGAAAACUUGUUCUGUAACUGUUAAGGAAACAUUAAAUCGUCAUGGUUUAACUCCAGAAAAGGUUGACACAACAAUGGACGAUCUUUUGGAAACAAUGCAAGAUUAUAGAGAUAUGAACGAAGCAUUACAUGAUGGACUUCGUUCUAUGUCAUCAGUUGACGUUCCUGAUGAAGAAUUGGAAAGUGAAUUAAAUGAAUUAAUACGGGAAGAUGAGGCUGCCAGGGUUAAAGAAGUGUCACCGCCACUGAUUCUUCCACGCCCAGUUCCAGUAGAAAAUGGAAAUAGGGUUCGUGUUGGUAAGCGAGUUUUGGAUCUUUCUGAUUUGCCAGAAGUUCCAUCUGGAGGGCCUUCGACUUCUUCAGCAAAUAGAAAUGGAAAAGAUGAUUCACUUGAGGAGCGUUGGAAACGACUUCGAAUGCAUGCAACUUAAAAAAUAAGCAGAAUAAAAAAUAAAGUAAUGAAAAAAAGGGGAGGGGAUAUCUUUCGGAAAAUAAAAAAAAAUUUUGAUUGAUUCUGCCGUAGCGCAACUUUUUUUUAAAUAUUAAUUCUUUUUU